AUGACCUUGUCGUCGCCCAAUCCAGCGUCAACGUCCAAGAAGCCCAGCGUGGCCGAGGUCAUGGACGAGCUUCAGAGCCGGUUCCUCGUGAACCUGCCGGCGUCCGAACUCGCGUCGAGCGAGCGCCUCUUUUUCCAGAUCGAGCAGUGCUAUUGGUUCUACGAGGACUUUUACGCCGACCAGUACGCGCACGUGCCGCACGUCAAGCUCAACGACUUUGCCAGCCGCAUCUUUGCGCACUGUCCGUUGCUCCAGCCGCUCGCGCAUCGCUGCGACGAGCUCUUCCAGGACUUUAAGACGUACCAGCGGCAAGUGCCGGUCGUGGGCUGCAUUCUGCUCAACGCCAAGCGCACGAAGCUCGUGCUCGUGCGCAAUUGGAAAGGCACGAGCUGGACGUUUCCCCGCGGCAAAGUGAACGAAGGCGAGUCAGAUGUGGACUGUGCGCGUCGCGAAGUGCUGGAAGAGUGCGGCUACGACGUCACGAACAGUCUCGUGCCGAGCGAGUACUUGGACUUUGUCGCAUCGGACCAGCGCAUGCGCAUGUACGUGUGCGUGAACGUGCCGGAGACGUACGCGUUUGCCCCGCAGACGCGCAAAGAGAUUAGCACGAUCGAGUGGUUUGCGUUUGACGCGCUGCCGAAGAAAACGUGGAGUGUCAUGCCGUUUAUGUCGAGGCUCAAGCGCUGGGUGAAGACGCACAAGGGGAUCAAGACGAAGAGCGGGAGUAGCAGCUGCAGUACGAGCACGACAGCGAACGGCAGCGCUGGUCGUGCAGCGUCGGUGCCGCGGAAUCGACCGCUGACGAUGACUGCCAGUGUCGUGACGGAGCAUAGUAAGGACAGGCAUACUGUUGGAAGUAAGAAGAAGACGUGUCGACAAGAGCGGUCGGUGUCCACGCCGCAUAACGAUCGACCAGCAGCGGGUAAGCCGAGCUCGAAGGAGGCGAUUCGCGGCCAUUUUGGGACGGAAUGGGACACAGCGACGUCAUACGAUGGAGUGAAUUGCGAGACGUUUGGGACGGAUAAGAAGGGGUUUAGUGUGGACGAGAUGUUUCGUGUGAACGAGCGCUUGACUGGCCAGACGUUCAAGUAUGAUGGCAAUCCACAUGAUUUCGGGAAACCCAUUUUGCACAUGACAGCAGCAACUCCGCGGAGGGCAGAUUCACUAUUUAAGCCAAACGAUCAGCGGCCCGUGCAGAUUCUCGCGCGAUCGCUGUCGGCGCCGUUAAAGCGCGUGGAUGAGGAGACGUGUGCAGCAGCACCUAGUCCACGUCAGUCUGUAGGUGCGACGCCGUUCGGGUCGUUCCAGUUUGACGCCGUGGACAUUAUGGCUGUUGUGACUUGA